UACCGCCACCACCGGUUGUGCCUGAUCGGCGGCACGACGACGCAUCGACGAUACCAUAUUCUACAUGCGCUGAAAAAUAGGAGACAUUAUAAAGACUAAACAAUGGCAAAACAUCAUCCAGAUUUGAUUUUCUGUAGGAAGCAAGCAGGAGUUGCUAUUGGCCGCUUAUGUGAAAAGUGUGAUGGCAAAUGUGUCAUUUGUGACUCAUAUGUACGCCCAUGUACAUUGGUCCGUAUAUGUGAUGAGUGCAACUAUGGGUCAUAUCAGGGAAGAUGUGUGAUCUGCGGCGGUCCCGGUGUCUCUGAUGCGUACUAUUGUAAAGAGUGUACUGUGCAAGAAAAAGAUCGAGAUGGAUGUCCAAAGAUUGUAAACCUUGGAAGUGCGAAGACUGAUCUGUUUUAUGAACGCAAAAAAUAUGGAUUCAAGAAGAGAUGAUGUUGGAGAAAUAUCUGAAACUUUAUUUAUCUUGAGUUGGUUGCAUCACAUUUUUGACCAAUUUUGCUUUCUCUUGGAUGUGGAAGGUAUAUCGUAAAAUUUAAGGAACAACUGUGCUGUAGGAUAUGAACUCUGAACUCAAAAGCAUGUGACAUGCCUAAAUAUGGUCACGGUGACAUCACAUUGUAUAGGCACAUUAUAACUGUAUCUGGACACAGGACUGUAUACUACUGAAUGAUCAUUAAUGAAAUUUUAUGUUUUGAUCAGAAUUGUCUAAAUCUGAGUAUGCAGUACGCUACAUACAUCGUAUGUACACGUCUCCCUCCAAUUAAAGACCACUUUUGGGACCUGGGUUCCCAUGGUGAUUAGCAUCUUUGGUCUCUUAAAUUAGAAUAAUAAAGAUAAAAGAUAUUUGUUAAUAUGCGACCACAGAAAACGUGAUCUUUAAUUAAUAGGUGUACAGUACUGUAUUUAAUUAAAGGGAGACAUCCACUAUUACAUAAGCAAUAUUCACACACACCUACCCACACACACACCAUUUAACGGUUAACAGGCUCCAAAUUAAUAACACACGUUCUUCACUAUUGCAUUCAUACAAGAAAAUCCCCCAUCCAGAUAUCAAGAAAAAUUAUUGUUUGAUUACUGAAUACUGACCAAUAGAAAAUUGGAAAUGUGUACAUCUGAUUUAGUUAAUGAUUGAAAUGAGGUCAGCUUGCUAUCCCAUAGCACUUACUAACCAAUGUAAAUGCACUUCUUGGGAACAGUUAGACGUAACCAACCAGACGUUUUCACACAUGUGUUUACGGUUCGGGCUAACGGUUAACUCCCGAUCUAUGUGAACGUAAGUGUAAACUAUUGAGUUUAAAACCAUUUUGUUCUGCAUUCCCAUGUGCAUUAACAUCUUAUACUCGCUACCAGUACCUGAUACUUGGAUUUUAUGUGAAAGACCACAAGAGUACCCAAAUAUUGUUGGAAUAAAUUUUUUUAACUUAAAAAAUA